GGGAGGGUUGUGUGGGCUGAGGCUCUGCUGAAUAAGGAAGCAGCAGAGCCAUUUUUACUGUUGAGUAACUGCAUGCAGAUCUGCCUCUGCUAGAGAGAGGGUGAGAGAGCGAGCAAGAGGAAUAAAGUGCUCCUCCUGGAUCUUAUCGGAGCCCUCUCUCCCCUCUCUCGCCUUCCCCUCUCCUUCUUGCUUUCAGUUUGUGUCCAUUUAAGUUGGGGACGCCCUGGAGAGGACACACAAUGGAUCGAAGAGCCUGUGGCAACUGGGCCGUUGUACUGCUGAGAGGGGGAUGGGGUAGAGAGAGGACCGGUUCACACAGCUAACACAGCCUGCCGGCUGUAGGCUUCCACAGCCUUUCCUCCCCGCCUGGACCCACUGUUUCCAGGCUGGGGCCUUUUUUUUGUGGAACAGCUAUCCUCAAAACUCCGCUUGGACUACACUAAGGAUUACUCAUUGUGUUCUGUCGGAUUUUAGGAUACACACUGAAAAAUAUAUCACUCUGGCGUUUUGGAUGAGAGAAAAGAAAAAACAAACUUCGGUGUAAUUCUUCUUGCCCGUUUUUGGUUUCUGUUUAGCGGAGUUCAUAAAUGGAUUACAAGAUGCAUGCCAAAUCAAACGAUUUGCUGGAUUUUCAAAAACUGGACGCCCUUCUGGAAAAAAUUGCACAUUCAGUCUCUGUGAAAAGAGAGUCCAGCGAGGAGUGCAAUGGGAUCAGUGGUGCUCUGUCAGUGGAGUCUGUGCCGGGGCCAAGACUGAACUGGUGUCCUGCCAACACCACUACCCCUGCCCCUGCAGCUCCAGCUCCAGCUCCAGCUCUGGGGCCUGAGCCCAACCCUGUUAGAAUGGGGGACGGUCUGGAUGCAGCACAGAUGUCGGGCAGCAGCAGCAGCCAGGGGCAGGCCCAGCAAAUGGGCAAUCCCCCACCCCCAGAGUACAUCAAUCCCAACAGGCCAAAGCGCCAGACCAAUCAGCUGCAGUACCUGCUCAAGGUGGUGGUGAAGGGCCUGUGGAAGCACCAGUUUGCCUGGCCCUUUCAUAUACCAGUGGAUGCGAUCAAACUUAACCUGCCUGACUACUACACAAUAAUCAAAAUUCCCAUGGACAUGGGAACAAUCAAGAGAAGGCUUGAGAACAGUUACUACUGGAAUGCCCAAGAAUGUAUCCAAGACUUCAACACAAUGUUUACCAACUGCUACAUAUACAACAAGCCUGGAGAUGACAUAGUCUUAAUGGCUGAGGCUCUAGAGAAGGUUUUCCUUCAAAGGGUCACUGAAAUGCCUGAGGAAGAAACUGAGAUUGUUGUCAUGACAGGGAAGGGCCGUGGCCGUGGCCGAAGAGACGGAGGUCUGAGCUUGAAACCAGGGGCCAUCAUCGAUUCAUCGUCCACGACUCCUCAAACACGUGGUCUGUCAAAUCUCUCGGCAGCACCGCUGAUCAGAGGACCGGUGCAGGGCCCUCCUUCACUACCUCCCCAGCCUUUGAUGCAGGCCCUGCCGUCCCACGUGCCCCCAAUGUUACCCAGUCAUGCGCCACAGCUUGGAGCUCCCUACUCCCUGGGCCAAUCAGACUGUGCACCUCAAGUUCCCAUUCUGACUUCUGUGCCUCCCCCUGUUCAGACAUCCCUUCCCCCAGCAUCCAUCCAGAGCACUGCCCCCAUGCUGCAGAACUCUAUAACCAUGACCAAACAAAGAAAGAGCCAGAAAAGGAAAGCUGACACUACAACACCCACAGCCAAUGACCAACUGAGUGAGUCUUCACCAGCAGAGUCCAAAUCUGGGAAGACACUACCCAGGCGAGAGAGUACCCGGCCUACGAAACUGAUAAAGAAGGAUGCACCAGACUCCCAACAUCACAUAGGCAUGGGCAUGGGCAUGGGCAUGGGCAUGGGCAUGGGCAUGGGCAUGGGACUGAGUGGACCAAGUGGAGGUCAUAGCCCAAAACCACAAGAUCAGCUGGGUUACUGUGCUAGUCUGGUUAGGGAUAUGUUGUCCAAGAAGCAUGCUGGGUACGCCUGGCCAUUUUAUAAACCUGUUGACGUGGAUGCACUGGGACUACACGAUUAUCACGACAUCAUCAAAUAUCCAAUGGACCUCAGCGGCAUCAAGGUAAAGCUGGAGAACAGGCAAUACCGGGAACCCCAGGAGUUUGCUGCUGACGUACGAUUAAUGUUUUCCAACUGCUACAAAUACAAUCCACCAGACCACGAGGUGGUAGCUAUGGCUCGCAAGCUACAGGAUGUCUUUGAGAUGCGCUUUGCCAAGAUGCCAGAUGAACUUGAGAUCAAGCCUCUAGUUUCUGCCCCAGCUCUUACUCUUCACCAUCCUGCCCCUGUUAAGCCCCAGCCUCCUUUGGCCCACGUUGCCUCAUCUACAGACAGCUCCAGUGAUUCGUCCUCUGAGUCUGAGUCUUCAACAGAUGACUCCGAAGAGGAAAGAGCCAACAGGUUGGCAGAGCUCCAGGAUCAGUUGAAGGCUGUCCAUGAGCAGCUGGCAGCCUUGUC